AUGACGUCGUCGAAUGAUACUAGCAGCAAGACUCAAGUCACCAGAUCGCUCUCUGUCGCCGCUUUUGUUCUCGAGCGCACUGCCGACUCUUGGGCCACUGUUCAGCAGAUUAUUGGCCUUCCUGAAGCCCUAUACGUAGUCGGGAAAACACUGCCUAUUUUACCUAUACUUCUCAAGUCCUUAGAAUCUUCCAUUAAGAGCAGUGAGGAGACGAAAGACUUAAAAGAGAACUUUGCAGCUGUAUAUCGGUUUGCCGAGUUAUCCCAGCAACAGGCUAAAUAUUUCGAUGCCAUAUUCGAUGCUAUAUCAACCGCCGACAACCACAACACUAAAGAAGAAAAGUAUCGCAUCGCAGCAGAGAAGUAUGGCAGAAAGCCCAUAGAGGCCAUUUUGAAGGAUUUGUUGCAGCGAGCAGCAAGUUUGGCGACUGAGUUAGUGGCGGAUGAAGACUUGAAAUCGUCGUUACAAGCGGCUUACGACGAAGUGGCCAAGCUGACGCCGUCUUUGCCAGAAGUUCCAAAGGGAGCUGUGUCUGUUAACAAUUAUGGGGAUGGUACCCAGUUCUAUCAUGGUGGAGAGGGGAACCAAAAUCACAAUGCAGGAGGAGGGCACCAGUACAACGGGAAUGAUUGUACCUUCCACGUAGCGCAACCAGCUCAGGGUUAG